GGACAAGUACUGUGAACACGUAGUAGUACGUAAGUCAUUAAUCGAACUUUUCAGCUUGAGGCAGGACAAUUUUUCAACUGUCGGGGAAAACAUGGAUGUAGUCUCUGCAGUGGUAAAGUACAAUCAACAAACGUUAGGAAGGGAUAAACUGUGUCGGUAAGUGAGAAUCAAGCGAAGUUGUAACUACUUUACGUGUACCAGUUACAUAUGGAAUAAUAAAUUAUACAAUUUUGGUGUUUUUUAUCGAUAAAAUAUUUUCUCCGUCGUAGAUUGAAACGAAUUUUGGUAUUUAGAAAUGUCGAAUUAUAUUGAUAUAUUAAAUUUUUAAUGAAUUCAGUAAAUCUGUGUUUUGGUAAGCCAUAGUACAUAAGGGAAAUUAUUUGCGAUCGCUAUGGCCAUUAAUAAACACGUGGUAUAAUUUGAAGCAGUGUCAUUGUAUUGACGUCAAACAUACGUACAAAUGUUGGCACUUAUUUCACGGUGGAGCAAUUCUCUUGCAUAGUUUUUUAUACCACCCAUGCACGAGAUAAAUUCUAGUGUUUCAUUUACGUAUGUCUGUCAUGGGAUAAUAAUCUAUUUGUUUUGAACAAUCAUGUGUUGAUGAGAACGAACAUUGAGGGGGUCGCGUUAUUCAAAGUCAUGCAAUCUUUUUGUCAUUAGAGCAUGACAGCAACAUAUCACUCUGAAUUUGCUCUCCUUCAAAGCGAAUACUAGCGAUAAAUAUAAUUUGAUUUCUUCAAUAAAAUCUGUGGCGAUUUCAAAAGAUCACAUCAUGUGUACAGGCAUUGACAGAUAUAAGUUAUAUGACUGACCAUUCUUUGUGUAAAUUGUACAAGAAGUAAAGUUUUCUUGGGCAUCGCAUCGCUGUUAUUAUAGUUAUAUUUUUUUGUGUGCAGCCAGAUAACUCUUUAACAAGCGUCCUAUUCCAUUUUCUGAUUAUCUGUCGAGUCAUCUGAUGUUCUCUUCUGCCUUUAUAACUAUUGUGCAAUGCCACACGUGGAUUUAGAUUAAUUAUGCAGUAUUAAUAUUUGGUAAUAUUGUAAAGUUGUCAUGAACACGUAUCCAAGAAAACACAUCAUAGGUGAAAGUGAUUGGUAACCACUACAGCCCACCACAAGUCAAAGUCCAUAUAUCCACAAAAAACAUUAUUGAACCCCUUCUUUUGAAUAAAUAGUCAAUAAAAUAUUUGAUCUCUGUCAGUUUACUUUUUGGUUUUUGUCACCAGGAUUAACAUUUUGUUUUAGAAAUAAAUGUGUUAGUUCUCAUUCUUUAUUUUUGUUUUAAGUUCAGAUGUUGCUUUUGAUUAAAAAAAAUGUUAAUUCUUGCCAAAUGUGCUUGAGAAACCAAAAUCAUUUUGAUUAGUACUUGUGAAUUUCUUGUCAUUAGGAUCAUCCAGUAUGCCUCAAGGUUGUCCAGUUAUCUUCUUCAACAAGGUGGCGCAAGUGUUGAUUGGGUGAAUAGGGCAAAAACACUUGAUAAACAGACAAGCACCUCAAGGAAAUGUAAGGAGUUUUUUAAGAUGAGAUUAAUUGAUAUUAGGGUUUUAGUCAACCAGAGACUGCUUGAACUUUGUACAGGUCUACAGGGGGGCUUUCCUUUUCAAAUUUAGUAGCAAAAGAGAAAAUUUGAACUGGCAGAGAACAUGGGCAGCAAUCCAUUCAACAUCCAUUUCUUUCAUAAUAUCCCUUCAAACAAGGAAGUUUUCAUUUUGACCAUUACUGCAAAAAGAUUCACAGGUGACAAAUAAUGCCAAUUAGAAGCCAAAAUUUAAAAAUUUUUUUAUGUCAUAUAGUUUUUCCUGUUUACCAUGACUUUGAAAAUCAGAAAAACACUGAUGUCACUUGUACAAUUUCUUUUUCAGUAUUUAGGUUGGGAAAGAGUUUGGACAUGAUAAUUGGUGCGAUUAGAGCUAAGGACAUCCAUCAUGACAACAUUCUGAAGGUCCUGAUCAUCUGCCGACGAGCUACAUUAGCCCUGUAUUAUAUCAUUGAUCACAUAACUUGGGCUGCAAGAUUGGGACUCUAUAAAGCUACCCCAAAGGAUUGGUCCAAGUUUCAGGCAAAAUUCUGGGCCAUUGCUCUUGUGUUUGGCCUUCUCAGAAACCUGUAUGAGAUCUUGAACCUAAUUUUUGUUCCAAUUAAGAAACAUGAUGGUGGAGAAGAAAGCAAUUCACAAGGAAGUUCUGUUACAUCCCGGCUGAUGACCCGUCCCCAACUUUUUCUUGACACAGUCAAGAAUUCAGCUGAUUUCCUGUUGCCUUUCAAUGUUAUGGGUGUAAUUGAGUUGAAUGUUGGUUUGGCUGGGUUACUGGGAUUAAUUUCAUCAAUUGCAGGUGCAAUACCUGUUUGGAAUCCUAACAUGAAAUUGAAACCUUCUUAGAGAUGCAAUUGGAUGAUUUGAUGUAGUGUACUUGUGAUCAAGGCUGACAACUGGCUACACUAUAGAACUCUUAAUUUUAUCAAGGGGGAAUUUUUUGUGCUAUUACACUGUUAUCAGUGAGUGCAGUGCAUUUAGUUGCAGUGUUAGAGAGGCAACCUUUCUUAAGGAAAUAGUUGUCAUUAUACUCUAUACCGCUGUAUUUUAAUAUGUAUAAUUUAAUUUGUGCCAUUAAUAUUAGUGAAUACAGAAUUUGUUUGAAGUGACCCAUGCCUAGCAGCACAACUCUAUCAUGUAGCUGAAAUAAUUUUUCCGAUGAGAUGGUCAGUGACUUGAAGAAAUUACUGAUUUAUUCUUUUUUACCCUUAAGAAUAGGCCAAUCUUCCUGAGAUGUCUGGGGAAUCAAGAAUUACUUAUUAAUAAAUACAUGCAAGUAGUUGUAUUUUCAAUUUCAAAUGAUAGGCCAGAGUAAGAACAAAAAAGCUGAUGACAGUGAAAACAUCUGUUGUGAACACUAAUAUAUUUUCUAUACUAUUUUGCUUUGAACUUGAUGGCUUGUUGUGUAGGUUAAAAAAAAUAUAUGAAAACCUAAUGAAAUCAACUUUCCAUAAUUUCUUUUUCCAGCACUAUGUUAAUUCUUGUUAAAUUCCUGUUCCUCGCAAUGACACAAGCUUAGGGAAAUGCUGUCUCAGCAGAGGGACAUGCAAAACGUUACAGAGCCCCAAAUAUGCAGAAUGAAAAGCUCAAUGUCCAGAAAAAGCAAUUCUUUUUAAACCAGUAUUGUGCUUUGGAGCACAUUGGGGAAGCACUCCUUUGAAGUGAACACUUUCACCUAGAAAUGAUUGCUUGC